AUGAACGGCCUUGAGUGUUUUGAUGAUAACUCGGAUUUCAUCCACGAAGAGACUCCCGGUUUUUUCGGAUGUUACAUUCUGGUUUCAUUGAACCCCACCGCUCGUGGAAGAACGUAUAUUGGAUUCACGGUGAAUCCCAACAGACGAAUUCGGCAACACAAUGGUGGCCGAAUCAAAGGGGGUGCCAAAUCAACGGCUGGACGUGGGCCUUGGGAUAUGGUGUUGAUUGUUCAUGGCUUUCCAAAUGACAUUUCGGCGCUUCGGGUAAGGGUCGCUUUGUAUAAAUUCCUGUCUUUUUUUCCACAGUUCGAAUGGGCAUGGCAAAACCCAAAUCUGUCUCGUAGACUUGCCCAUUUAGUCUCUCCUAGGCGACCCAAAGAGUCGCCGUUUGAUUAUCGAUUUCGUGUGCUCAGCGUGAUGCUGUCCUCAGGUCCAUGGAACCGACUUGGUCUAAUUGUGAGGUGGAUCAAUCAGAGAUAUUUUCGUGAGUUUGAUGGAGUCUGCGUUCCGCCGUUGCAUAUGCCAAUUGUGUUCGGACCAUUACACCCAGGAGAAUCUAAAAUGCCCCGAGACCCCUUGCCUCAGUUGAAAGCCUGCGGUAUCUGUAGUGUGGAGUUUUCUCCUUCCGCUUCUCCCGAAGAGGCCGUCCCGCUAACCUGUCCAGCACUGUGUCCAUCAGGUCAAUGGCAUAUGACUUGUCUUGCAAGACAUUUGACUGCACGUUCAGCUGAUAAUGGGCAAGAGUCGGAUUACUUGAUCCCCUUGUGUGGCAGUUGUCCAGCUUGUGGCUCAGCCGACCUGUUUUGGCCGAAUCUCAUAGCCCAAUGGAAGAAGCGCAUUUGAUUUCCCUCGGGCAAUCAGAUCUCUUUGUAUGUACGAAUUUAUGUAUUAUAGAACAUGUCAUGAAUUCAACAG